AUGUCUAAUGCAACAAAACGAAAGGCAGAAAAUGAAAAAAUUCUGCAAAAGGAAGCAAAUACAUGCAAAAGGAUAACUUCAUUUUUCUCCAAAGCCACUGGAGAAUGCAAUCAAUCUCAUAUACCCAACCGGGUACCAAACUCAGAGAACGUUCAAGAGGCUGAUAUAUCCGAAUGGGUUCCAAGCUCAGAGGACGUCCAGGAAGAGUUUACAUCGGAUAGCCCUAUGGGCGCUGAAAGUCUAAGCACUUGCGACCAGUUUCAAGACAAGGACAGUGUCGGUAAUUGUACAACUGUAAACUCUGACACUUCGACCAUUUCGAGUGUAGUCCCAGAGAGUAGUUUAGGACCUAUGGAGUCUAUGAGAGAGUAG